CCCCACUCGUAAGUCCACCACUCCAUGCCUUCUACAUAAUAAAAAUAUAUAUACACACAAUACAUACAUUCUGCAGUCUCCAUGUUUACCAGAUCUUCACUCCCUUAAUUCAUGGUUUUAUGAAUAUCAAUAGCAAAGGCAAUGGCUAUGGCUAUCUUGUUUCUGAUUUUAGGUUGUUUUGCUGAGGUUGAGUCUAUGUUGUCUCAUCCUGAUAAGAUUACUAAGUUGCCUGGACAACCCACAUUGCAAUUUCAACAAUUUUCAGGUUAUGUUACCGUUGAUGACAGAAAACAAAGAGCCCUAUUUUACUAUUUUGUUGAGGCAGAAAAGGACCCUUCUUCAAAGCCUCUGGUCUUGUGGUUGAAUGGAGGACCUGGCUGCUCCUCUAUUGGAGUUGGGGCAUUUUCUGAAAAUGGACCUUUAAGACCAAAUGGACAAGUUCUUGAUCGAAAUGAGUAUAGCUGGAACAGAGAAGCAAAUAUGUUGUAUUUGGACACACCAAUAGGAGUUGGGUUUUCUUAUUCAACUAAUACCUCAGAAUAUGGGACUGUGAACGAUGAGAUCACCGCCAGGGAUAAUAUCUUUUUCUUGCAACGGUGGUUCCUCAAAUUUCCCCAGUAUGCUCAUAGUCCCUUGUUUAUAACUGGAGAAAGUUACGCUGGUCACUACGUACCUCAACUUGCCAAGCUAAUGAUCAAGUUCAAUAAAAAGAAAAUGGUGUUCAAUCUAAAAGGAAUAGCAUUGGGCAAUCCACUUCUAGAUUUCACCACUGAUUUAAAUUCAAGGGCUGAGUACUUCUGGUCUCAUGGGUUGAUAACAGAUUCAACGUACAAUAUGUUCACUUCCAUGUGUAAUUAUUCUCAAUACGUUAGAGAAUACUACAGAGAUAAUGUUUCACCUGUUUGUUCAAGGGCCAUGAGCCAAGUGAACAGAGAAACUAGUAGAUUCGUGGACAAAUAUGAUGUUACUUUGGAUGUCUGCAUCCCGUCUGUGCUCUCCCAAUCCAAAUUUAUUGCUCCACAACAAAAUGCUGAGAGGAUAGAUGUAUGUGUUGAAGACGAGAUUGUAAAUUAUUUGAACCGAAAAGAUGUUCAGAAAGCUCUCCAUGCUAGGCUUGUUGGUGUCCGCAGAUGGGAUGUUUGCAGCAACAUUUUGGACUAUGAUAUGCUCAACUUGGAGAUUCCUACAAUCUCUAUAGUAGGAUCACUAGUCAAGGAAGGAAUCCCGGUAUUAAUCUACAGUGGGGAUCAAGAUUCUGUUAUUCCGUUGACUGGAAGCCGCACCUUGGUUAAUGCACUCGCUCAAGAACUUGGACUGAAAACUACUGUACCGUAUAGAGUUUGGUUUGAAGGCAAGCAGGUUGGUGGAUGGACUCAAGUUUAUGGAAAUGUUCUGUCAUUUGCCACCAUUAGAGGUGCUUCUCAUGAAGCUCCUUUCUCAAAGCCAAAGAGAUCACUGGUUUUAUUCAAGUCAUUUCUAGAAGGCAUACCUCUACCUGAUGCCACUGUUCUGCGCUGAGUAGCCCGUUUCUUAUACUCAAUAGGCCAAUUCUCGCACAUAAGAGCCAUUGAAAGGGGAAUUACCAAAAAAUGACGACUACCCAAGAACACUUUCUGGCUAGGCCUUACUAACACUUUUCCAUUUUUCCUGUAGCUCGAAAGAGCAGCUAACCUAUGUUGUGGAUGUUCAAUGCUUUGUAAGUUGUACUUACAUGGUCUUUCUGUAAUAUAUUUAUUUGUACUUGUUAGACAUUGUGAAUGAAUGUAAUUGAGAAUGGAAUUUUGCUAUCGACGGUUAAGUA